AUGACCCAGACGUGGCUCAUUACCGGCUGCUCCAGCGGCUUCGGAGAGGAAUUCGUCCGUCAGCUCCGAGCUGCCGGCGAUAAUGUGAUUGCCACGGGCCGGAACGUUGAGGAGAGGUUGGCUCACCUCAAAGAGACGGGUUGUGCGAUCCUAGAGCUGGAUGUGACUUCUCCUGAAGAUGUCAUUGCUGCCAAGAUUAAUGAGGCGUGGGAGAUCUAUGGCGGUAUCGAUGUCAUUGUGAACAAUGCAGGAUUCUUGGCAAUUGGUGCCUUUGAGGAUACUCGGAACUUUGUUGACUUGAGGAUAAUCGCUAGGCAGGCGGAUAUUGAAGCUGCCAUGAGUACAAUGUUUUACGGACCGCUCAACAUCACCCGUGCCGCCCUGGGCAAGAUGAGACCGCUGAAUAAAGGCACGAUCCUAUAUGUCAGUUCUUAUUACUCCAGACUUGGCGCCGCUGCCGCCACGCCGUAUUGCUCGGCCAAGUUCGCCCUCGCGGGAGCCGUCGAGUCCAUCGCCCAGGAGAUCGGCUUCUUCGCACCCAACGUCAAGCUCAUCAGUGUCGAGCCAGGCUUCUUCCAUACAGAAGUCUACAACAAAGCCGUUUGCGCCAAGAACCGCGUGCCGGCGUACACCGAGUUCAUGGAGGUCACCAAGUCGACCCUCCAUGAACACUUUACGAAUGGACCCGGCGACGCAAAGAAGGGCGUUGCUAGGAUGAUUGACAUUGCAAAGGGGACAGGCUGUGCUGAAGGCAAGACUGUGCCGGUGCGGUUGGUUCUAGGGUCGGAGGCACAGGAGACUUGCAGGAAGGUUAGCCAGGACGCGCUCAAGGUCAUGGAUGAAUGGGAGGAAGUGGCAAACAGUACGGAUCGGGACAACUACGUAAAACCUGCAACCCAAAAAGCGGAUUAG